GCCAAAAUGACCGACUCAAAGAUCGUAUUCAUCACGGGUGCCAACACCGGCAUCGGGUAUGAAACCGUCAAAGCAUUAUUGAAAUCCGUUAGAAGAUACGUGAUCCUUCUUGGUACUCGCUCUUUAGUCAAGGGGGAGGCUGCAAUCGAGUCCUUGAGGACAGAAGUCCCGGACAGCUCCAGCACCGUUCACUCGAUUGUGAUUGACGUUGUGAGCGAUGAAUCAAUCGAAGCAGCUUUCAAGGAAGUCGAAGUAAGGUGGGGACGGGUUGAUUCUCUCAUUAACAAUGCCGGGGCCGAGUUCAGCUGGGAGUUCAAGGCCGGCAAACUCACUCGACGAGAACUCCUGAACAAGACUUUCGACGUCAACGUCUCGGGCGCCUACAUCGUGACUGAGACAUUCAUGCCGUUGCUGUUGAGGUCGAGUGAUGCACGCAUAAUAUUCAUUUCUAGUGGACAAGCCAGUUUGACAGCGUUCAGUAACGGAAUGAUGCGUCUUCCUCCCCUGCCAGCCGCGGGCUGGCCCAAAGAGAUGGCGUUUGAUGCGACAGCCUAUCGCUCGGCCAAAGCUGCACUUAACAUGAUGAUGUUGAACAUUUCUCGCAUGCUGAGGAAUGAUAAGGUGAAGGUUUGGGGUGUAUCCCCAGGGUUCCUGAAGACAGGAUUGGGAAACAUGGACCCUGCACUCGUGGAGACGAUGGGGGCAAAGGAUCCUAGUAUUGGUGGGAUUUUCAUUAAGGAUGUAGUCGAGGGAUUGAAAGAUGCAGAUGUUGGGAAGGUUGUUCAUGCGGAAGGACAUGUUCAGGACUGGUAA